UAAAAACAUUGAAAAUUGAUUUAUUUUAGAUCUUUUCGUAUUUAUUUAAUAUAUAAUAAAUAUGAAAAUAUAUAAUUAACAGUAUCUAAUUGGUCUUAUAGACUUGCUCUUGACUGAAAAAGAAAGAGGGAGAGAAAAAUAGAGAGAAAGAGAUUAAUAGAAAGAGAAAGAGUGAGAGAGGAACUACAACUUCGAUGUAUUGUCCAUCUUUAUCAUACUUGUUAGCUUAUUUUCAUAUUUUGUAGUAAAUAUAAAUGUAAUGCGAAAAAUAUAUUUUAUUUGAUAAGAUUGAUUAUCAAUAACUAUCGGCUCUAACGAUAGAGAUAUAUAGAAUAAAAGUCUUUAUAUUCUACAUCUACCUGGAAAGAAAAGCAUUUAUCUAUAAUAUAUAACUCAUGUAUAAAAUUCUGUUACGUUGACAAACAAGGAUGGAGAUAUCAGUAUUUAAUAAAAAUGACUCUGUAUUGCUAGUGGGAGAAGGCAAUUUUUCGUUUUCUGUGGCAUUAUUACAACAAAAUUUAAACAUCAGUUUUAUUGCCACCUGUUAUGAAUCCAGUACGAGUCAAGAAGCUACAAAGAAAAACGUAGAACAUCUUCAAAAUAAUGGUAUUUGUGUAUUAUUUGGCAUAGAUGCAACAAAAUUGGAAGAGUAUCCCUUACUGAAAUCUGAACUGUUUGAUAAAAUUAUUUUUAACUUUCCUCAUGUUGGUGGUAAAAUGAAAAUUGAAAAAAAUAGAGACUUACUGAAAAACUUUUUUGUAUCUUCUGCAAAGAUGAUAAAAGAGAAUGGUCAAGUAUUAGUGACAUUAUGCAAGGGUCAAGGAGGAACAUCUAUGGACAAUCCUAAGAGACGUUGGGACGAUUCUUGGAAAAUUGUAGAAAUGGCAGCACAUGGAAAUUUAAUAUUAACAAGAAUAGAACCUUUUUUAUGGCAAUGUUUUCAAGAUUAUAUUGUAACAGGAUAUCGCAGUUUAGAGAAACAAUUUCAUACAGCUGGCUCAUUGACACAUUUUUUUACAAAAAGCGAGCAGCCUACAAUAUAUAACAUUGCACCUAGUAGUAAAAUAGAUACUUUUAAACAUGAUAUGGACGAUAUUACAUGGAAAGAGAUAACAAGCAAUGUCCAAAACAUAUCAGAUUAUGAUAUCAAGAUGCUGUGUGUCACUACAUGUACUCGUGAACAAGAGUCUGUAGCUAAACCUUUACGUAGUACAAAACAAAAAUCAAAACAUAACAAUCGACAACAUUUUGUGGAUAUAAAACAGGUCAGAACAGUUGGAGGAAAAGGUGGAGAUGGAGAAAUAACAUUUUUACGAUUGUGGGUCAAUGAUCGAGCCGGACCCGAUGGAGGUGACGGUGGAAACGGCGGUCAUGUAAUAUUUAAGGCGACAAAGGAUGUGAAAGAUCUUCGCCAUAUACAUCCUCUUGUUCAAGCUGGGGAGGGAGAGAGAGGUUACUCUAAGAGUUGCUUCGGUAAAAAUGCAGAGCAUAAUAUAGUAAAAGUGCCGAUUGGCACAAUAGUGCGUGAUGUAACCUGCAAAAUAGUAUGUGACUUAAAUCAAGAGGGAAUGAUGUUUAUCGCCGCGAGAGGUGGUGCAGGUGGUCACGGAAAUGCUUUUUUUAAAUCGGAUAUACAUCAAUCACCUGAAAUAUGUGAAUAUGGCGCACUCGGGGAGGACUUACAAUAUGUAUUAGAAAUUAGAAGCAUGGCCCACAUUGGAUUAAUUGGUUUGCCAAAUGCUGGCAAAAGUACACUUUUACAGGCAAUAUCCAGAGCUAAACCAAAGAUAGCUCCAUAUCCUUUUACUACCUUGAAACCUCACAUUGGCAUGAUACAGUAUGACGAUUAUGAACAAGUUGCAGUAGCCGAUAUGCCUGGUCUCAUAGAAGAUUCGCAUAAGAACAAAGGUCUUGGUAUCACUUUCCUCAAACAUGCAGAACGGUGCGCUGCUUUAAUGUUUAUUAUAGAUAUUACAUUGGAUGAACCGUGGAGAGCUUUGGAGGUUUUAAAUUAUGAAAUUAAUCAGUUUAACGAGAAACUAAACGAUCGACCAUGUCUUGUUGUGGCAAACAAGAUGGACUUGCCAAAUGCUGAGGUUAAUUUAAAAUUACUCAAAGAACAUACAAAUAUACCAAUAAUUCCUAUCUCUGCCAAAAUGGGCACCAAUGUCUCCAUAUUAUUAAGAGAGAUUAGAAUAUUAUAUGAUAGUUUUAAAGUAAAUAACACAGAAGAAAAUAAUGAACUUGGGUAAUAAAGAAUUCUGGUAAAAUCGUGUACAAAAUUAGUGAUUAAUUGAUUCUUAACACAAUAAUGUUAAUAGCGCACAGGUUUUGCGCAAAAUAUAAAAUUCUUUACUACAGACCUUACUUGUGGUUGAUUCAAGAUCGUUGAAAACCACCUGUUUAAGUUCAUAUAUGAUUUUCUAUGAUGUGAAUCAAACACGUGCUCAUAUAGAGGUAACAAGACAGUAAAAACUGAUAUAUCGGCAAGAGUGAUUCUUUCUCCUACUAAGUAUGUUUUUGUAUAUAAUAUACCAUCUAAUCUUUUUAAAUCGCGUAGAAGGUCUUCCUUAGAAAGCUUUGAGUUUGCUUUCAUAUCUUUCGACAUAGAUACUCCAAAUGCUGGAAGUACCCAAGCGGUGACUGCUGGUAAAAUGUGAUUUUGCGAGUAGCUCACCCAUUGCAAAACCUGACUGGACGCAAACAAAUCAUCAUCACGCCGCAACUGUGAAUUUGACAAAAAGAAUGCAAUAGCACUGCCGUUACAUAACGUAACAUCGCCUGUCUCUAAUAUCACAUUGCUAGAACUUUUAUCAUUGUCGACUUGCUUUACAGACACGCAUUUGCCACUAUAUUGCGCGAUUAUUUGUGCUAAGUAGCACUUAGUACUGCCGAUGUUCGCGUAAAGUAUCAAUUUUGAUGAACAUUCCGUGUUAAGUGAUCGAUUGCCACUUUCGGAAGUCUUAAAAGUAUUGUUAGCUGUUUUAUUGUCUGAAAACAGACACAGUUCCUGAUUGCUACUUAUAAUAUUUAUGAAAUAUAUUACUACUCUCUAUUAUA